AUGCGAUGUCUUAUUGUCGUAAAGAACAGAAAGGAGCUUCAAGAAUACGAAAAAAGUCUAAAGACUAAAAUAGAGGAGAUAUGCAGUGUGGACGUAUCUGAUGUGCCAGAAAUGUAUGCAGAGCAGGUUUUGUACAGAAACACAGAUUACAAAGCAAUUAUUCUAUUCCUAGGGGAUGGAACCGUCCUUAAGACGCUUUCUAUUUGCACAGCAAUAAAGAAUUAUUUUGAGACUGCAGAAUAUAUCUGCAUGGAUAGAAGGGUGCCAAUGGUGAAGGGAGAAAUCCAAAGAAACCCAGUAGUCAGUAAGGACAGAGAUUAUACCCCUAUGAUAUUCUCCUUUGAUCAUGGGACCAGGGGGCGGCUCUGCAAUAUUAAGGAGAAGAUGACGAAAGAAGGAGAAAAUACUCUUCAGAAUUUAAUAACUGCCAUGUGUAUGGAUGAUUUUGAGGAAAUAGAUAGGCUAUACAGGGACUGCACCAUAAAAAGACGCAGGCUGCUUCUUAACCAAAGCGUAUAUGCACUCAAUGAAAUAUACAUAUAUCAGAGAGAAAAGGGGCUGCUUGGAGCCCUUUCCAUCUCAAUUGACUCACAGUUAACACAUCAGGCUGUUAGAUGUGAUGGUGUAAUUAUUAGCACACCCACUGGGUCUAGUGGCUACAACGCAUCUGCCAAUGGGCCAAUUCUGCAUGGGGCUGUUGAAGGAGUUGUUAUUACAUUUGUGUGCCCUGCUGAUAAAAAGGCCCCAUCAUUUGUUGUGUCUUCAGAUUGCACAAUAACUGUGAAAAGUCCUUGUGGAAUAGUCCCUUUGAACGGUGUGAUUGAUGGGUGUCUUCAUAUCAAGGACUCUGAAUUUAUGAUUAGCAUGAAGGAAUCAGGAGAUGUAUACUUUGCGGAUGUGUCAUAUAAUAAAAUGCACUCUGAUUUUAUGGAGGCAAUUAAGGAGUAA